AUACACAACACACACACACAACAUACACAGCACACACAACACAUACACAACACACACACACAACACACACAACACAUACACAAUACACAACACACACACACAACACACACAGAGCUUCAGUAGAAGGAGCUGUGGGUUUGGCUAAUAUCAGGAACAGUUGCUGUGGGAGAGAUGGACAGACCGUGGAAAAGGAAAACGGAGAUCAAAAAGAUGUACGAAUUCAAGGAUGUUCUGGGAACGGGUGCUUUUUCAGAAGUGGUCCUGGCUGAGGAGAAACAAACUCACAGACUGGUCGCAAUUAAAUGUAUCCCCAAGAAAGCUCUGCAGGGAAAAGAAACAAGCAUUGAGAAUGAAAUUACGGUCCUGCAAAAAAUCAAACAUCCGAACAUUGUCUCCCUGGAGGAGAUUUAUGAUAGCCCCACGCACCUGUACCUGGUGAUGCAGCUGGUAGCUGGCGGGGAGCUGUUUGACAGGAUUGUUGAGCGAGGUUGUUACACAGAGAGAGAUGCCAGCCAGCUCAUCUCUCAGAUCCUGCACGCUGUGCACUACCUACACCAGCUGGGCAUCGUCCACAGAGACCUGAAGCCUGAGAACCUGCUGUACUGUGGUCAGGAGGAAGAUUCACCCAUAAUGAUCAGCGAUUUUGGACUCUCCAAGUUGGAGGACAAGGGCAGCGUGAUGUCCACCGCGUGCGGAACACCUGGCUACGUGGCUCCUGAAGUUCUGGCCCAGAAACCGUAUGGCAAGGCUGUGGAUUGUUGGUCCAUCGGAGUUAUAUCUUAUAUCCUGUUGUGUGGUUACCCUCCAUUUUAUGAUGACAAUGAUGCGAAGCUGUUUGAGCAGAUUGUGAAAGCUGAGUACGAGUUUGACUCUCCAUACUGGGAUGAUAUCUCAGACUCAGCCAAAGAUUUUAUUCAGCAUCUCAUGGAUAAAGAGCCACAGCGUCGCUACACGUGUGACCAGGCACUGGAGCACCCGUGGGUCGCUGGUGACACGGCUUUGGAUAAGAAUAUUCACGAGUCUGUCAGCACUCAGAUCAAGAAAAACUUCGCCAAAAAUAAAUGGAAGCGAGCCUUUAAUGCCACGGCGGUGGUGCGGCAUAUGCGGAAACUGCAAUUGGGGGGGAGUGAGGAGGAGUCGGUGCUGAGCGCAGUGCGCGGUCCUAUCGUGCCUCCACCCGGACCCUCAGCAACAGGGCCUGCCUCUCUGGGUGAAGCAUUUCCAAGUGCCAAUGCCCUGAUGUAGCUGAUCAGGACGCUGAGCCUCUAGAGCAAACGCGACCGAAAUACAACCUCAUCCAUCAGCAGUCCUUCAACUAACAGCAAACCUCUCCCACCCACCUGACCAUCCACUGUCCACAGCUGCUGCUGAGUGGGUGUCAGGUCACGAUGCCAGUCCCCUGGAAGCUGCUGGUUGACUGGAGAAACGGAGCUGAAUGGUGAUAAUGAGCUGGAAAAGGGGUGUAAUUUUAGGCUUAAUUGUAAUAAAAGAUUCUUCAACAAAUAGGUUUUAAAUAAAGAGAUUAGAUUGAUUCUU